AUGCUGGUGGAUUGGGUACGCGAGCAUUGCCACAAUGGAACCCUCUUGCAAACUAUGGACACAAGGUUCCAUGGUAACUAUGACAAGGACAAGGCCAGCAUGGUGCUGAAGCUAGGGCUCUUGUGCUUGCAUCCGUUGCCCAGUGCGAGGCCUAGCAUGAAACAAGUCAUGGAGUACCUCGAGGGAGAGACCGCGCUACCAGAGCUAGCACCCACACAUAUCAACAACGUCAACGUGAUGCAAACCAGAGGAUUUCCUGACCUAACGACGAGCAUCGGCACAUUCUCCGGUCUCUCAGGGGGGCGAUGA